AACCCUAUUUUACUCACGUUCUUUCCACAACUCCCACCAGCCGCCGGUCACACCAGACCGUUCUCUCCCUCACUUCCUCAGCAUCCGACUGCCGCGCCGUCCUCCACCGCGCCGUCCUCCACCGCGCGCCGCCGUGCUCAUCCCUGUCCUCCUCGACUACGAGACACGCCGGCGCUUUCUCCCUCAGCCCCGAUUCCGACUCCCUGUCCUCCUCGACUCGCGCCGCCGCCGUCCUCCACCGUGCGCCGCCGCUGCCCGCCGUCCAACACCCGACUGCGCUUCGAAGUUUCCGGGAUUUUUACGCAGUUAGUGAGAAAAGAAUUAGAACAAGGAGUGGAAUUAGUGGAGAAGAUGACAAAAGCGAAGGAGGCUCUGCUUCCAUCAAUGAUUAAGAAUAAAGCGAAGAGGUCGGAAGUUCAUGCUAAGCUAAAGCACCAGAAGAAGUUGGAGAAGAAGAAGAAGGCCAAGGCACGGGAGGCUGCCGAGAAGAAGGCUCUAGAGCUGGGAGAAGAUCUUCCACCCAAAUCGAUUCCGCGCACCAUUGAGAACACACGUGAGUUAGAUGAGACUGUCUGCAAACCUGAUGAUGAUGAGCUAUUCGCUGGAGUUGACGCUGAUGAAUUCAGUGGCAUAUUGAAACAAGAAUGCAUCCCUAAGGUCCUGAUCACCACAUCGCGCUUUAACUCCACGAGAGGACCUGCUUUUAUUUCAGAUCUCCUUUCUAUCAUUCCGAAUUCCCAUUACCACAAGAGAGGAACCUAUGACCUAAAAAAGAUUGUUGAAUAUGCAAAGAAGAAAGAUUUCACUUCAAUUAUGGUCAUCCACACCAACCGACGAGAGCCAGAUGCUAUGUUAAUUAUUACAUUGCCUGAUGGCCCUACUGCUCACUUCAAACUUUCGAACCUUGUUUUGCACAAGGAUCUAAAGAAUCAUGGAAAUCCAACCAGUCACAAGCCUGAAUUAGUUUUAAAUAACUUCACAACGCACCUUGGUCAUCGUAUAGGCAGGCUAAUACAGUCACUCUUCCCUCAAGACCCUAAUUUCAAAGGUCGUAGAGUUGUUACAUUUCACAAUCAGCGCGACUUUAUCUUCUUCCGCCAUCAUCGCUACAUUUUCGAGACAAGAGAGGACAAGCAGUCGGAACCCAAAGGUAAACAAAAGAAGGAUAAGGUCGUUACUACUCCCAAAGAAAAAGUUAUCGCCCGGCUUCAGGAAUGCGGUCCGCGAUUCACCCUCAAGCUAAUCAGUCUCCAGCAUGGAACUUUCGACACAAGAGGAGGCGAAUACGAGUGGGCACACAAGCCCGAAAUGGACACGAGCCGAAGGAGAUUUUUCCUCUGAACCAUGGGAUGGAUUAGAUGCAAAUUUUUGUCUGUUUCUUGAAUUCCAGUGUACAACACAAACUAAACUGUACUCUCUGCUGCAUUAUGUUGCAAACUUUUAAUUAAUCAUUGAGAAACGAAGGUUUUUUUUCCUAAUUCUA